CGCAGCUCAACGACCAACCCCAGCCAAGACGAUGGCAUCCAGAUCAGCCACACUGGACUUUGCUUCGCGCCGACUCAGCAGGCGUACAAUCAUGGAUCAGACCGUCUGCGGCCCCUGCGCACCAUGCCCUUCGAUCAUUCGACAUGGAUCGGCAAUCUAGACCACCUCGGUAGCCGCGUAUGGCCACAUCCCAGCUUCAACGAAUUACUCGCACGCUCACUCACUGGCGAUUCGAGGUUCUCACUUCCUGACACCGUUUCCAAGGACAACAGAAUCCAGAACUUGCGUUUGAUGUGCUAUGGUGAUAGCUGUUCUCCAACGUCGCAGAGCCCGUUUGUAGAGUACGAGAAGCCGUCUCGUCUUAAGACACUGUCGUUUGAGCGUACACAGAAUAUGAGACUUUGCCAAAUUGUUCUUGUGGAAAUGUGUCAUACUAACUGGAUUUCAGGUCGUAAUCUAUCCCUUUUAUGUCCGUAUGUCCAAAUCCACCGGUCUGCAGAAGUUCUUUGCAGUUGUGCAUCGUCACGAGAAUGGCGAUUACAGAUUCUGGAGAGCGAACGGAACCCAUCAUGAGUCGUACGGUCUUGCCAAAGGAAGCAUCUCCGUGUUUCAAAGUCCCAGAUCUGCUCGCAACAGUAACAUCGGAAGUUUGGCCUCCUUGAAGCGACCAACGAAGGCUUCCACACUUUCCAAGACAGAUGUGGCUGACGAUGUUGACAAUGUUGACAAUGUACCGUUGCACUUCGUGCAAAAGACACGCGCUGUCACCAGAAGCAGAGAAGAAGCACAGCUUGUGGAUGGUCUGGACGAAGAUCCAUUCGAGCCUCCAAGCAAGAAACUUGCGUUCACGGACUCGUCUCAGUUUCCGACCAAGAACAACAACCGUGAAAAGUUCUCACAGAAGUCCCCUUCGCCACAUAGGACUGUAUCAAACAAGGCUAGAGUCAAAAGUCUUUUCGCCACGCCUACCAAACAGUCAAGUCAUGCUAAGAGUCAGAGGCCUCAUCGCUCACUGCUGCAUGUCAGUGAAGUCGGUAUGCUCGCAUAUCAUCUCACGGGAGAAGGUCUGAAGCUGCUACACAAGACUGCCGCAUUUACAAUCGUGUCGGCCGAGGGAUCGCUGAUUGAUCCUGCAACUGACCGCCCAUUCGAGAUGACGGAGGAGCAUGCGAUGUAUGUACUGUCUAGCUGUCAGAAGUCUUUCAAGGUCAUUCUAAGUAAGACCACAACCUGGAGUAUCCACGAGUCACCAGACGAUAUUACUGGUGGCCUCAUUCUAUUGGAAUUUGGCGGUGAGAGUGCUCGCGACGAGUUUCUAGCUCGCAUCAAAGAGAUGGUUGGAAUGGCUGUCGGAGGUAUUGGUAGUGUCGAUGACCAUGUCCUCGAGAGCAUGUACUGCACACUUCUAGAACAGCUUAACAAUCGCCGAGCUACCAUGUCCAAAAACCAGACGCAGACCAAAUCGGCAAAUUUGACGUCUUUCGAACAAUCUCAGUCGUCGGCUGAAGAGGGCAACUCCAAAUUUGACGGUCACGAGGAUGGAUCUUGUCCUCCAAGUGUAGUCAAAGCUGAUCCGCACUCCGAUCCAAGAACACCUGGCGGCUCAAAACUUGCUCACCUCCUGUUGACGCCAAUGUCGCUUGAGUCAUCUUCGUUCGGCCGGCCCACUGAAAAAAUGGAUGUCUGCAGCAUGCCUAAGCUUGUCAUCGCUAGUUCAGUCGGAUCACCGUACAACCAGGCUCGAAAGAAACAGGCGACGAACACGUCCAGCUCAGAGCUUCCAGUAGGGGAGAUGGCCAUGAAGAAGGAGAUGCUAGGUCUGCUCCGCGACAUCUAUGUCAAGUAUCCGAGCGCUCAGGAAGACGACCAGGUGGAGGAGAUGGCGCUUCUACUCAAGGCACCUCUUCUUGCUGGAAAUACGGAACGUGUGAAGGAGAUCAAGAUGGACAUGAAGGUGUAUCUGAUCGCUCACUAUGGCUAGCAUCUACCUAGUUGUCGACACGUCGUAAAAGAAGUUAUCGUGUGGGCGCAUACAUCAGGGAUGGGUCAUGGUUGGAGGUGAUAGAAAUGGCACUGUUACAGAGGUGUGAGAUUAAUUGAAGAUUGCGGUGCAGAAGUUACAAGUAAGUCUGUCGCAAGUAGUUCGCACGGAACGCAAAGCUCAAGAUGCGGACUGUCGUUUCUCUGAAUA